GUUACAAAAGGUACUUUUUUUUUGUUCUCUUUCCUGGUUUGGCUCAAGGUGAUAUAGUACUUCUGGCGUAUACUUGUUCGUAUAUAUUUAUUAUUAUCGUUAUUAUUAUUUAUUAUGUAUCAUUUAUUAUUUACUAUCAUUUCUCUAUAUACUUCCACUUCACCAGUGCUGAAGAAGGACAUAGCGCCUUCACACAUGCUAGGGACCCUGGAGGGGAAAAACCCAAAUCAACAGCCGCCUGCGCCUUCAAUGGGUCCUUGGCUGGGUGGGUUCUCCCUUUUUCGCCUGCCGGGAAUGACCAGCGGCGGCGCCCUAUUCCCUCGAAACCGAGUCACCGCAGUGGCUGCAAACCGGUGGCGGAAACAACGAAUGGGCCAGAUCGAAUUUCCUCGCUCGAGACUACUACUAAGGCAAGUCGGUCCUCUUGCUAGAAGCCUGGGCGGGCGUCGUAGAAGGGCACCGAAACGGUGCGCCCAUUUUUCAUGGUUCGGGCCAUACACGGAAGAUUACGACCGGGCGGAGUAUGACGGCAGAGAAGGAAGAGAGGAACCUGGAAAGGCGCAGGCGAAUGGAAGACAGAAGAGAGUUGGUGGUGUGGUCGCGCGGAUUGGCCGGCUGGCCUGGCUGGGUGUGGAUACUUAACACCCCAUACCACCUCAGAACCAUCUGGUAAAUGGUAAUCUCCAUCUACCCUCGGCGGUGGAUAAGGGUAUGGUAUGUUAUGUAGCACUUGUACGCAGCAAGCGAGUCGCAGGAGCCCGGUCGGCCCCGCGACCAUCCAUUAGGUAUUCAUUAUCCAUGACUGACUAUCCAUUAUGCUAGUACUCCGUAUCCAGUACUAGGUAGACGACUAGGCACUAGAGAGGCAGGCCGACCGUCCCAGUCACAAGGGGCGCCUAGAUAGGUAGAUAUGAUGAUGGUGGUGGUGGUGGUGCUGAGCCCAACUUAGCGGUA